ACGUCUUUGAGAUAGGGAGAGAGUGGUGGAGGAAGAAACAAAAGAUGGAUCGGCAAAAAGAAGACGUUAAACACGCAACGACGAACAUCUCCGAUCUCCCACCUAAUCUCUUCCCCCAUUUAUACUAUUUUAAAACCAAAAAUUUAAUUAAUAGAGUGAGAGAGAGAGAAAGAGUUAAUACGAAUAGAGGUUAGAGAGAGUCAUUAAAACCAACGAAGCGACAUUCACAAUAAUUCGAAAAGGAGGAAGACGAGUUACAUACGGCCAGGCUCUCCAAAGCUCUCACCUUUUCUACAAGAAUCAUCCUUCUCCCAACACACUCCCUUCCAAAUUAAGCACUCGAAGAUCGUGAAGAAGAUAAGACUCUAUUUAUAACCAUGCAAUCUCACGACAACCUCUAUGGCGGAAUCAAGCGGUAAAACAACUUCUUCCGACAACAACAGCAGCAGCAACCGUACUGUUCCUCCUCCUCCUCCUCCUCCUGCUUCAGCUAUGGUGAGAAAGAGAUUAGCUUCGGAGAUGUCUUCAUCUUCUUCCUUAAACAACAACCAACGUCCUCCUCCUCCCCACCGUGCCUCUCACCUCCCUGACUCCAACUACAUCGUCACGGCGGCGGCGGUGGACUCGACAACCCACCCGACACCACCUGUCUCUGUCUGCGGUUUCUCCGGUCUACCGGUUUUUCCUUCCGACAACAACAACCGGACAGCUAUGUCCGUACAGCCAAUGGAGCAACAAGACUCUUCUUCUUCUUCGCCUACUGUCUGGGUCGACGCCAUUAUCAGAGACUUAAUCAACUCCUCUGCUUCAGUCUCCAUCCCUCAGCUCAUCCAAAACGUUAGAGACAUCAUCUUCCCUUGCAACCCUAACCUCGGCGCUCUCCUCGAGUACAGACUCCGCUCUCUCAUGCUUCUUGAUCCUCCUCCCUCCUCCUCCGACCCUCCUCCUCCUCCUCAGCCUUUUGAGCCUCUCUACCAUCAGCAACAGCAACAACAACAACAGCCUAAGCCUCCUACACCUCCUCCUCCUCCGGUUCAGCAGCAAGAAAGGGAGAACUCUCCACCGCCGCCGGAGACCGUGACCACCACCACCACCACGACCACGACCACGGCGGAGGCGUUGAGAGAGAGAAAAGAAGAGAUCAAGCGUCAGAAGCAAGACGAAGAAGGUUUGCAUCUCCUCACUCUCCUCCUCCAAUGCGCCGAAGCUGUCUCCGCCGAUAACCUCGAAGAAGCCAACAAGCUCCUCCUCGAGAUCUCUCAGCUCUCCACUCCCUACGGAACGUCCGCGCAGCGAGUCGCCGCUUACUUCUCCGAAGCCAUGUCCGCCCGCCUGCUCAACUCCUGCCUCGGCAUCUACGCGGCGUUGCCUUCGCGGUGGAUGCCGCAGACGCACAGCUUGAAGAUGGUCUCUGCCUUCCAGGUGUUCAACGGGAUAAGCCCUCUGGUGAAGUUCUCGCACUUCACGGCUAACCAAGCGAUUCAAGAAGCGUUUGAGAAGGAAGAUUGUGUCCACAUCAUCGAUUUGGACAUCAUGCAGGGGCUUCAGUGGCCUGGUUUGUUUCAUAUACUUGCUUCUAGACCUGGUGGGCCUCCUCACGUGCGUCUCACGGGUCUUGGUACUUCUAUGGAAGCUCUUCAGGCUACUGGGAAACGUCUUUCGGAUUUCGCGGAUAAGCUUGGCUUGCCUUUUGAGUUCUGCCCUUUGGCUGAGAAAGUUGGGAACUUGGAUGCGGAGAGACUCAAUGUGAGGAAGAGAGAAGCUGUUGCUGUUCAUUGGCUUCAGCAUUCUCUUUAUGAUGUUACUGGCUCUGAUACACACACUCUAUGGUUACUCCAAAGAUUAGCACCUAAGGUGGUGACAGUAGUGGAACAAGACUUGAGCCAUGCUGGUUCUUUCUUAGGAAGAUUUGUGGAAGCAAUACAUUACUACUCGGCGCUAUUUGAUUCCUUAGGUGCAAGCUACGGAGAAGAGAGCGAGGAGAGACAUGUGGUGGAGCAGCAGCUACUGUCUAAAGAGAUAAGGAACGUAUUGGCUGUUGGUGGACCGUCGAGGAGCGGUGAAGUGAAGUUUGAGAGCUGGAGGGAGAAGAUGCAGCAAUGUGGAUUCAAAGGGAUAUCUUUGGCUGGGAAUGCAGCUACGCAAGCUACGCUUUUGCUGGGGAUGUUUCCAUCGGAUGGUUAUACUUUGGUUGAUGAUAAUGGUACACUUAAGCUUGGAUGGAAAGAUCUCUCGUUACUCACUGCUUCAGCUUGGACUCCUUGUUCUUAGAUUUUUCUUUUUUUUUAGUUUUCUCUCUUUUGAUUCACACAAACAAUGCCCAUAAAUAGAGUCUUACCACUUUUUGUUUAUGUAAUGAGAAGAGAGGAUUCUUAAGUUGUUUCACUUGGUGGAAUAUCAGGGGAAGUUGGUAGUGACAGAAAGCACAUACAAGAAGUCGAACUUUCUGUUGUAAGCAUGCAAACAGUUUAGAGUACUAUGCUAAAUUGGGAUCCACACUU